AUGCGUCCCACACGCGCCCUAGCCCGCGCCAACGCACUCACGCCGACGGUCCGCGCGGCGCUCGCAUCCGCCGCCGCGACCGCCGACGCGGGCCCGUCGCAGGCCACCGUCAACGGCUGGGUCCGCUCCGUGCGCGCGCACAAGAACGUCGCGUUCGCCGAGGUCGACGACGGGAGCGGGGACAGCGUGCAGGCUGUGCUGAAGGGGAGGACGGCGGAGGGCAUCACACUCGGCUCCUCAGUCCGCCUAAGCGGCACCCUCUCCCCCUCCCGCGGACGCGGCCAAGCGCUCGAACUGCAAGUCUCCGACGCGCGCGUCCUGGGGCCGUCCGACCCCGACGCGUACCCCAUCCAGAAGAAGGCCUUGCCUGCCCCCCUGCUGCGCGAGCACGCGCAUAUGCGCUUUCGGACGACGCAGACGGCCGGCGUUAUGCGGGUGCGGGAUGCGCUCGCGCGGGAUUGGCAUGAUUGGUUUGAGGACCACGAAUUCGUCCACGUCCACACCCCGAUCCUCACCUCGUCAGACUGUGAGGGCGCCGGAGAAGUCUUCACGCUGUCCCAGUCCCUCCCCGGGCCGGAGGGCUCCCCGGCGCCGUUCUUCCCGCGGCCGACCAACCUCGCCGUCAGCGGGCAGCUGCACCUCGAGGCGCCGACGCACGCCCUGGGCAGGACAUACACGCUCAGCCCGGCGUUCCGCGCCGAGCCGAGCAUGACGAGCCGCCACUUGGCCGAGUUCUACAUGCUCGAGGCGGAGGUCGCGUUCGUCGACACGCUCGACGGCCUGCUCGACGUCGCCGAGGCCGCGUUCCGCGGCGUGCUGAGCAGGCUGCUGGCGUACGACUCGCGCCGGGCGACGCGCGCACGCGCCGACUUGGCCAAGAUUGCGCAGACGCUCGCGGCGGAGCAGGGCGAGGGGGAGAGCGGGGGUGAGGGUGAGGCCGCGGGCCCGCUGGAUCACCUCCUCGCGGCCGCCACGACGCCGUUCGCGCGCAUCACGUACACGGAUGCCGUGGCGCUCCUCGCCGACGAGCACGCCGUCGUGCCGUUCGAGCACGCGCCGACGUGGGGCGACGGCCUGAGCUCGGAGCACGAGAAGUGGCUCGCCGGCACGCACUUCAACGGGCCGGUGUUCGUCACCGACUAUCCCGCCGCACUGAAGCCGUUCUACAUGCUCCCCAGUGGACCCGAGGCGGCUGCCGCGGCGCAUGGCCCGACGGUCGCGUGCUUCGACCUGCUGUUCCCCGGUAUUGGCGAGAUGGCCGGCGGCUCGAUGCGCGAGCACAACCUCGACGCGCUCCGCGCCCGCAUGGCCGCGUCGGGACUGAGCGAGCACGAGUACGACUGGUACCUCGACCUCCGGAGGUUCGGGUCUGUCCCUCACGGCGGGUGGGGCAUGGGCUGGGAACGCUGGGUCUGUUGGGUCACGGGCGUCGGCAACGUGCGCGACGUCGUUGCGUUCCCUCGCUGGGCUGGCAGCUGCAGGUUCUGAGCUGCAAGCAACGAGCAACGUGCAAAGGCCGAUGACAAUCAACGUGGGGGAGAUCAGCAACAACAACGUGAUGCGCGCUGCGCCACAAAGC